GAGUCAUUAUCACCUUUAUCAUCAAACUUCUGGUACAUUUUACCUGUAAAAGGUGAAGAUAAGGAGGUGGAUUACUUCAGCAGCAGAUGGGUGAUGGAUAUCGGGCAGCUCUACAAAAUACUUUAUGUGCUCGCCAUUCUUUCGUGUGCUUGUUUCGUCAUCUUUUAUUUGAUUCCAUAUGAGAACUCAGAAGGGGAAACCUUUCGAGCUCCUCCACCUCUCGUUGAUGCACUCGAUCUGACCAUACACACAAAUCAGGGCCGACUGGGCAACCAGAUGUUCACCUAUGCAACCCUCUUUGGACUGAGUGCGUUGAACAAGCGACAUAUGCAGAUAAAGACCUCCAACUACGAAGUCCUUUCCAAGUACUUUGACAUCCAGACGCCUGUAUUUAAUGAGAAAACGUUUGUUGAAAUCAAUCCCUACAGUAUUGGAAAUUGGUUAAAGGAAAAGGAUUAUCAUAUUCCGAUUACAUCGAACAUCAUCAAGGGGAACGUCUACCCUACCUCCUACACUUUCUUCGAUCACGUGAGGAAAGAGAUUCGAGAAGUCUUCCGAUUCAAUCCCACCUACAGGAAACACGCUCAGGACGUCCUCUGGGGGAUCAAGAGGCAGAGACCCCACACCAAAGUUUAUGUGGGAGUUCAUGUCAGAAGAGGAGAUUAUCUUUCCCAUUCAAGAGGAGGCUGGUUACGAGGUUACGAAGGAAGGGAGGUGGACCGAGAAUAUUUCGAACGUGCNAUUCUCUUACGUGACUCCCAAAUUUUGGCUGAAGUUCAUGUCAGAAGAGGAGAUUAUCUUUCCCAUUCAAGAGGAGGCUGGUUACGAGGUUACGAAGGAAGGGAGGUGGACCGAGAAUAUUUCGAACGUGCGAUGGAAUAUUUCAAUUUCAAAUACGACAACGUAACCUUCUUGGCCAUAAGCGACGACAGAGAUUGGUGUCGGAAGAAUCUCACCGAUCUCGGAAUUGUGACAACGCCGGAUAGUCCUAGCGCCGGACAUGAUCUGGCGUUGCUCACCGAGUGCAACCACACCAUUAUGAGCUACGGUACCUAUGGGUUCUGGGGUGGGUACCUCGGAGGUGGUGAGGUAGUGUACUUCGCAGACUUUUUAAAGCCAAACACAAGUUUUGUAAGGGACUAUUUUGUGUACGAGAAGAUGUAUCCCACAGACUGGAUUGGGAUAUCUACCACAAAACCUGGAUUCUGGGAAUCCUACACGAAUCCCUUUAUGACGUAA